AUGUCGCUCGUAGACGAGAAGCACGAAUGGAGCGCCCUCCGCGUGCGCCAGACCUUCCUUGACUACUUCAAGCAGCGUGGACACACCUUUGUGCCUUCCUCAUCCGUCGUCCCCCUCUCCGACCCCACCCUUCUCUUCACCAAUGCGGGCAUGAACCAGUACAAGGCCAUCUUCCAAGGCACCAUCGACCCCUCGUCCGACUUCGCACAGCUCAAGCGCGCCGCCAACUCGCAAAAGUGCAUUCGCGCUGGUGGAAAGCACAAUGACCUCGACGAUGUUGGCAAGGACAGUUACCACCACACCUUCUUCGAGAUGCUGGGAAACUGGAGUUUCGGCGACUACUUCAAGACCGAGGCCGUAGGCUUCACCUGGGAGCUUCUCACAAAAGUCUACGGCAUAGAUCCCAAAAGGUUGUACGUGACCUACUUUGAGGGAACAGAUGAGCUGGAGCCAGACCUGGAAGCCAAGGAGCUGUGGAAGAGCGUGGGCGUGCCAGAAGACCACAUUCUGCCCGGAGACAUGAAGGACAACUUCUGGGAGAUGGGUGACCAGGGGCCAUGCGGACCUUGCUCAGAGGUACACUACGACCUGAGAGAGCCAGUCAACGGAGAGUACAGGAACGCUGCCUCGCUCGUCAACAUGGACGAUCCCGAGGUCAUCGAAAUCUGGAACAACGUCUUCAUGCAGUACAACCGCGAACCCGACCGAUCACUACGACCCCUACCGAACAAGCACAUCGAUACCGGUAUGGGCUACGAGCGUUUGGUUUCGGUGCUACAACACAAAAAGUCAAACUACGACACCGAUGUUUUCACACCACUGUUCAAGAGGAUACAAGAUAUCACUGGAGCGCGCGAGUACAGGGGACAAUUCGGCGACCAAGACCCGGAUGGUAUCGAUACCGCAUACCGAGUUGUCGCCGAUCACGUUCGCAUGAUGAGCUUUGCCAUUGCCGACGGUGGUGUACCUAACAACGUCGGCCGGGGCUACGUCGUCCGCCGAGUGCUACGACGAGGUGCACGAUAUGCGCGCAAAUACUUUGAGACGGACAUUGGUGACUUCUUCUCCAAAAUUGUCCCCACACUGGUCGAUCAGAUGGGCGACAUGUUCCCAGAGAUCAAGAAGAAGCAACAGGACAUCAUGGAGAUUCUGGACGAGGAAGAAAAGGCAUUCGCCAAGUCGCUGGAUCGUGGCGAGGUCAUCUUCGAAAAGUACGCGCAGAAGGCCAAGGCCAAGGGCUCAGACGACUUGCCUGGAGAUGAUGUCUGGCGGUUAUACGACACCUACGGUUUCCCCGUUGAUCUGACAAAGCUCAUGGCUGAAGAGCGAGGCUUGAAGAUUAAGGAUGAAGAGGUCGAGGCCGCACAAGAAAGAGCUCGCGAAGCUAGCAAGGGCGACAAGAAGGCCGGCGCGGUAGUUGUCAAGUUCGACGUACACGACCUUGGUGCGUUGGAGAACAUGCCCGAAGUCCCCAAGACCGACGACUCCGCCAAGUUUGGUCGCGAGAACAUUACCGCCACCAUCAAGGCGAUAUACCACAACAAGAAGUUCCUUAAGAGUACAACAGAAGUACCGGAGGGGGAGCAAUUUGGAGUCUUGCUUGACAAGACAAACUUCUAUGCCGAACAGGGUGGCCAGGAGUUCGACACCGGAAGGUUGUUAGUAGAUGGCGAGGCUGAAAUCAGUAUUGAGAACGUACAGGUCUACGCCGGCUACGUACUACACACUGGUUACAUCAAGUACGGUGAGCUGAGCGUGGGCAGCGACGUCAUUGCCGAGUUCGACGAGCUCCGAAGACAUCCCAUCCGUAACAACCACACCGGCACCCACGUUCUCAACUACGCUCUCCGGGAAGUCCUUGGUAACGAGGUCGACCAGAAGGGUUCGCUCGUCGCACCGGAGAAGCUGCGUUUCGACUUCUCACACAAGGCGGGUCUGUCAGACGCGGAACUGGACAAGGUUGAGAAGAUCUCAUCCGAGUACAUCAAGCAGGACUCGCAGGUAUACGCCAAGGAGGUACCUCUCGCAUCCGCAAAGGAAAUCCGCGGUGUCCGUGCCGUCUUCGGUGAGACUUACCCCGACCCGGUGCGUGUCGUCUCUGUCGGAGUACCAGUCGAAGAGCUCCUCAAGGAUGUCAAGAACGAGAAGUGGGAAAAGCUUUCCAUCGAGUUCUGUGGUGGUACGCACGUGCUCAAGACAGGCGAAAUCAAAGAACUCGUCAUUCUCGAGGAAUCCGGUAUUGCCAAGGGCAUCCGCCGCAUUGUCGCUGUAACAGGUCAAGAAGCCUACAACGUGCAGCGUAUCGCCCGUGAAUUCCAAGAACGUGUACAAAACAUGGGCAAGAUGGCUUUCGGACCCCAAAAGGAAGCUGAAGCCAAGAAGAUCGGUGUCGAUCUUAACAACCUCACUGUCUCUGCCAUUGCGAAGAGCAAACUCCGGGAGGAAUUCGCUAAGAUCCAAAAGAGCAUUCUCGACGAGCAAAAGGCCGCUGCCAAAGCCGAUAACAAGCGCGUACUUGAUGAGGUGACCAAGUUCUUCGAAGACGACAGCAAGAAAUUUAUGGUCAAGAAGUUGGAAUGGUCAAGUACUGUCAACAAGGCUAUCAGCGAAGUUAUCAAGACUAUCUCUGGGCCUAAGAGUGCGCUCAAGGAUCGGUCGUUGUAUCUCUUCUCCGCUUCGCCUGAAGAGGGUAAGGUUGUGCAUGGGUGUUAUGUGAGCGAGCCAUUCAAGAACGCAGGUGCCGAUGGACCCAAGUGGGCUGCUGCUGUCACUCCAAUUAUCGGUGGCAAGGCAGGUGGAAAGCCAGGCGCUCCUACUGCCAUUGGCCAGGGUACGAACGCGGAUAAGGUUGAUCAAGGUGUUGAGGAGGCAACAAAGUGGAUCGAGAAUCUCAAACUCUGA